AAGUCGGUACACCGUGCAAUCGUUAGUCUACUGUCGGAGCGAAUGGUCGCACCUCGCACAUGCAAACCGCGUGCAAUUCCCGUCGCAUCCUCGUUGCAAUUGCAGAUUGCAAGUCGAGUCGAGUGACCGAGGAAUCGUCAAAUACAUUUAUUGAAAUGCAUCGUGGCGUAGAAAAGUAUUCGGGAAGUGACGUGGUGCUUUAUUCGUAAUAAAAAUAUAUUUUUUGAGAAAUUUAUUAAGAAACAGAUAGACACGAGUAAACGUAUUAAAAAAAGAAGAGAAGAAAAACGAACCUACGAAAAUUGUGGUAAACGCGCGGGGUUCGGGCCUUAAAAGCCGUCGUCUUUUUUCGAAACUAUUUUACGGUGUUUCUUUCUUCCGAGUCUUGACUCUUACGAAAUUUAUUGAUACGUAACGUUAUUAUUGAGUGUGUGUCUUGCGGAUUAUUGGGAUUAUUCUUUCUCUGAUUAUCCUGGCUGAUAGUCAUGACUGCCGACGGCUUUUUCGAGAUUACCAACAUCCCGGGGCAUCUUGCUCCCACGCCACAACGACUCGAGAGAUUACUCUCGAAGCAGAGCCUCGAGGAACUCUACGAGGUCGAGGAACAGCCAUUUGCACGGGGUAAAUACGCGACCGUACGGAGAUGCCGUGAGAGAGCCAGUGGCAGACAAUGGGCUGCCAAGUUCCUGAGGAAGAGAAGACGCGCCCAGGAACUCAGGGCUGAAGCUCUUCACGAAGUUGCGGUGCUGGAUGCCGCAGCUCACUGCCCACGACUCGUAAAACUUCAUCAGGUCUUUGAGACCAACACGGAGAUGGUCCUCGUGCUGGAACUAGCUCCGGGUGGUGAACUUCAAAUGGUGCUCGACAGGGACGAAGUUCCUGAAGAAAAACAGGUCGCCAGACUUCUCAAACAAAUUCUAGAUGGCAUUGCCUUUCUUCAUUCCUUCAACGUGGCCCAUCUUGACAUUAAGCCACAGAAUCUGGUACUCACAGGUGAAUUUCCGGAUUGUGACGUAAAACUCUGCGACUUUGGAAUCUCCAGAUACAUAAGCCACGGUGCGGACAUACGUGAGAUUUUGGGCACGCCCGAUUAUGUUGCCCCAGAAGUCCUGAAUUACGAGCCGAUCAGCCUGGCGACCGACAUGUGGUCCAUUGGAGUUUUACUUUACGUUCUGCUAACUGGAUGCUCCCCGUUCGGUGGCGACACGAAGCAAGAAACAUUUUGCAACAUCAGCCGCUGCCGUCUCGACUUCCCGGAUGAUCUCUUCGAGGACGUGUCCGAGGAGGCUCGCGAUCUCAUGCGGAAGCUCAUGGUCAAAGACCCCAGUGAACGAUUGACCGUCACGGAGUGUCUUCAGCAUUCCUGGUUCAGCGCGUUCGAGGAUCCUCAGCCAGGACUGUCCUUAUCAGCAGCUAUCGAGGAUAACUCGCACAGUCAGUUGUCGCUUGCGGAUAGCGAGAAGUCGACGCAGAAGAGAUCCUCCACGCCGGAACCGUCGAAGGAUAACGUCAGCCAGCAGCACCAGAAGCAAAACUCGUCAAAGGGCACGAUGCAGACCGAGUCGAAAACAUCGGGAGUAAGAGCAGUGUCAUCUCACACGGAAAAUAUUUAUGCCAAAUCAAAGUCGACGCCGAUGCCAGUAAGGAUUGGCCUCAGUGCCGACAGGAGAGACACCUUUAAGAAGAACAUGGAUUCUCUGGCGCAAAAGUUCACGUCGAACACGGAAAUCGUGAUAAUAGAACCGACGCCGUCCCAAAGACGCGCCACGGCGACGCACACGAUCGCCGCUGGUGAGGUUUUCAAGUGCACUCCGGUUUUCAUACUCGGCGAGGAACAGCAGUGCGACAGCGGCAGCGACACCGUGUCCGAAAUCUCAACUGACAGCUCCAGCGACCGGAGCAGCAUCUACUCGGAUGAUUCUCUUGAUUUUAUAUUAUACGGAAAGAGUCAGGGCAGAGCCAGCUUCCCGUUUGCGUCAGCGGAAUCGGAUAGGUGGGACCAGAGGCACAGUCAUUCUCGCGUCUGGCCCCGCGAGUGUAGCGGAGUCGUCAGUAAGGCCCUUAGCAGAUUCUCAUCGGAGCCUGGCACCACCGGGGCCAAUUCUAAGGUCGUUAAAGCGACGCCGCCAGCGGCGACCCGUGGCAAAGCUAGUCUGGAGGCACUUAGAGAACGGGGGGGAAAUUUGGUUGUUAUUCGUGAACCGGUCAGGGCCGGUAGGUAUACUAGGUACAGCGAGGUACAAUGCGAGUCCGUCCAGGCACGCAUUCGACGCUUCCAGGUUCACGGGGCGUCGUAAGGCUUGGGCGUCGGGAGCGUCCAUGUGCCGCUGAACGUAACUCAAGAAUCCUUGGAUAUUUUAUCCUUGUCUUUGGAGAGUCUCGGACUGUAUAUAGGUACGUUGCACGGUACCCUUGAUGUGAGGACUCAAGAUCUUCAUGAAGAUAAUCAAGGUAGCUGAAAGAGGAAAGCGAAGGAAGGAAAGUUAGGCCACGAGGAUGGCGUUACUCGUGGAGUCAGAUCUCCUUGGAUGAAGUAUGUUAUGCCUGCCUUUGGAAACAACGUCUUUCCAUCAACUGUAAAUAAAGUUUCCACUGUUCUUGUAAAUAAUAUUUCACUAGAGCGAUCACAAAUACUUCUCGUUGGAUCCUCGUGGCUGCCGUUCAAACUCGAAGGGAUCACUCGACGAUCCACAUAACAACAAUUGGAAGAACAGCACGCGCGGAAGACACGACGACUGUUUGUACCUCGUAACCGGAUAGAAGAAGCUUCUCGAAUGGACUGACAAGAAUUCUCUGGAUAAUCUUGAAACAUUUAUCGGAUAUCAGAAAUAUCAACGCGUGCCUUUCUAGUUCGUCUUUCGCGAACGUUAUCAAACCUUAUCAAGGAGAGUGCCUCGACUGUCGUCAAUAUACAUGUUCUACAAUUUUCUAUCCAUGGUCCAUUUCAGUAAACGAACAUCCCGUUAUAUCACAAAAUAUGUAUUUUCCACUUUUCAUUGUUAAAUUUACAAUGCGUGAAGCAUAACGUUAAAGGAGAGUAGGGACAAAAUGAUGAAGAAGGACCAACGUAUUAAAAAAAGAAAAAUGUGCCUUAUAGGUUAAUAAUCGAUUCGAACAAUCUUCUUUUUUUUUAUUUAAAAACUAAGUGAUUUCGUCAGGAUCAAAAAUUGAGAGCCUAGACAGGCUUCUAGGCGUCUUUAAUUGUCUCCGGCAAAUGUCGACGAAGACCCGAGAGAACCUACGAGAACGUUGAAAGAUAAUUUCGAGAUGGAACAUUAAUUUUACCAUCGAAUGACGAAAGAAACCGAAAGUCCAAAGAUUUAUCUCUUGUUUCCUUCCACGUCAGUGACUUACGUGUGUCUCGGCGUCGUGGGUUGCGUUUUUGAGGCGCGUUGUUAGUUGUGUCGUUUUCUCCAAAAAUUAAGAUGCCCGAAAGCCUAGGCGUUUGAACUCUUGGUCUCCUAACUAUGUACUAGCGUUUCUCGCGGAUGCAAUUGUCGAUGCAUUCGCCAUCUUAAAUACUACUAAUUUAUUCUACGAUCUAACGAUUUACGAUUACAAUUAUUCCGGAAAGCGUUGAGUGCAGGUAGUUAGCUGUGACGAAAGGCAAUGAUAGGAUGACAAAGAGAAAAGAAACUUCAUGAAUUUUUAUGAAAAGUGAAGAACAAAAAAAAAUGA